AUGACCCAGCACCCUAAUAAUGCCUUGCCAGCAAUAUCCCUGAACAUAAGCCUCAAGGCCAACGAGGCUCACGACCACGAUAAUGACGAACUGGGCCUGGCGAACAAUACGAAUGGGAACGCUCAGGCCGUGCCAUCACUAUGGGGAAUUCCACUGAAAUAUAUUUCCCUGGUCACCCUGGCCCUCCAGAAUUCGCUACUGACGAUAAUCAUGCACUAUUCACGCGUCUCUACACCACCUUCGCGCGCAUAUUCUGCUGCCACAGCGGUUUUAAUGAACGAACUGCUGAAGGGUGGCAUUUCCCUGUUGAUCGCUUUCUCGCGUAUAGAGCUACCAUCGACCCCCCAGGCAUCGUACAGAGACAUCUCCCAGACGACCUCGUAUCCGACCUCAUGGUUUGCGCCCCGCUUAGUCUCAGCGCGCAUCAGGCGCCUCUGGAAGGACGUUUUCAGCGCUGACUGUUGGAAACUGUCAAUUCCUGCCAUCCUAUACGUGAUCCAAAACAACCUGCAAUACGUCGCAGCGUCGAACUUAGAUGCAGCAACGUUUCAAGUUAGUUACCAAAUGAAAAUCUUGACGACAGCCGGUUUCUCUGUGUUGCUUCUUCGGAAACGACUCGCUCCUACGCAAUGGCUAGCGCUGCUAUUUCUAGCCAUCGGUGUUGGCAUCGUUCAGAUCCAGGGGUCAACAUCACACAGCACCGCGAUGAUUGAUGACAUGAACGCCAUGAAGGGGUUCUUAGCUGUCGCUGCAGCGUGCUUCACGUCUGGUUUGGCUGGGGUCUAUUUCGAGAUGGUGUUGAAGAACUCCCAAGCAGACUUGUGGGUCCGCAACGUCCAGCUAUCGCUCUUCUCCCUUCUCCCUGCCAUUGCGCCAAUUCUAUACGAUCACGCCUCCGAGGGUUCCGGCGCAUUUGGUACACUCUUCCGAAACUUUGGCUUCUGGGCAUGGGCUACCGUUCUCGUGCAGGUCCUCGGUGGACUCAUCACGGCUAUGGUCAUCAAAUACUCGGACAAUAUCUUGAAGGGCUUUGCUACCAGCCUUAGCAUCGUCAUUUCCUUCCUAGCCUCCGUCGCCCUGUUCAACUUCCAGAUGACCUUCACUUUCGUCCUCGGCUCCGUCGUCGUGCUGAUCGCCACAUGGUUGUACAACCAACAACCAAAGCCCAAGCCCAACAUCCUCGUGACCACAACAGACCAUCAACUGUGGACAUUCAACCCAUCUGAGAAAGAAUUGUCGUCACCCGCCGUUUUCGUCGCACCGCAAGUGCCUGAUCACUCACCACGAGGUACCCUUUCGUUAUCUACGUCACGUUCGCUUUCAUCGUCGUCCGUUUCCCUAUCAUCCAUGUCUCUGCAUAGCUCCCCACAGCUAGAGGCUCGGAUACUGGACAGCAAAGAAAACAGGACUUUUUAG